UAGCACUCCAUUAUUCUUUUGGCAACUUUGUUUUGCUAUAAAAUAAAUCACAAUAAAUAAACUAUGGCUGCCUACAUCAAUCGCACAGUUUCAAUGAUUGGAGGAGACAGCCAACUUCGUGUAAACGAUGCUAGAAUUGACAAUUCUCCUCUCCAGAUUUUCGUCAAAGCGAAAAAGAAAAUCAACGAUAUAUUUGGAGAAAUUGAAGACUAUGUCCAGGACACAAUGAUUUUUAUGGAAAGUCUUCAAGAUGAUCAUAAUAUCAUUAAGAAAGAAGAAAUUGAAAAUAUCAAGGGUUAUGUUAAUAAAGUUCAUGGUAUUCGUGAUGUUCUCAAGCGGGAUCACAUGAAAGUAGCUUUUUUUGGAAGAACCAGCAAUGGAAAAAGCACAGUCAUUAAUGCAAAGUUAAACAGUGUUCAUAUCAAGAUUUUCAUAAGUAUAAGAAAACAAUCGAGAGUUGAUUACAAUACUAGUGACAAAUUUUGCAUACUGCAUAAUUAUACCAUAUGA